CCCGCCCGGAGCCCUCCAACCCAUCGCAUCGCAUCGCAUCGCAUUUAUCAUCGCGCCUGUGAAGCUUCCUCCCUACUUUACUUGCCCUCCUCUCUCUCUCAUCCUUCCUGCUUGCUUGCUUGCUUGCUUGCUUGAUUGCCGCCAGAGGUGCGCGAGCCGCCCAGCAGACAUACACACACCACACACGCACGCCUACACACCUACUACACUACACACAUACAUUCAUACAUAGUCUUGCCUUGAGGCACCCGCCCGCGCCCCGGCUAAGCAAGUGCCACGUCAAGGGUCGGCCAUGUUGACGUCCGCCGCGCGCUCUCACGCCCUGAGAACCAGCCUCCGACGCAUCACGACGCCAACGCUUUCCGUCGCCAUGCCUCCCGCCAAGAGAAACAGCAGCUCCCUGCCCCCGGGCUACGCCGAGGACAAGUCCAAGGGCGCCAUGCUGCGCUUCCAGGACUCGCUGCCUCGCCUGCCUGUCCCGACGCUCGAGGAGACGGCGAAGCGAUACCUCAAGUCCCUUCAUCCCCUCCUCUCGCCCGCCGAGUUCGAGGCCAGCAAGGCUGCCGUCGCCGACUUCGUAAAACCCGGUGGUGUCGGCCAUCGCCUUCAGGACAAGCUCCUUGCCCGUCGCCAUGACCCCGCCACCAAGAACUGGAUCUAUGAGUGGUGGAACGAUGCCGCCUACCUAGCAUAUCGCGACCCCGUCGUUCCCUACGUCAGCUACUUCUAUUCCCAUCGCGACGACCGCGCACGCCGCGACCCGGCCACGCGCGCCGCCGCCAUCACGUCAGCCGUGCUCGAGUUCAAGAAGCUCGUCGACGCCGGCGCCCUCGAGCCCGAGUACAUGAAGAAGCUGCCCAUAUGCAUGGACAGCUACAAGUGGAUGUUCAACGCCUCGCGUGUCGCCGCUCGCCCCGCCGACCACCCCGUCAAGUUCUCCGCCGAGGGCCAUCAACACAUCAUUGCCAUUCGCCGCAACCAGUUCUUCAAGAUUGACCACCACGUUGCUGGCAAGCAGCUCAAUGCCUCGGAGCUCCACCGCCAGUUCGCACGUGUCUACGAUCUCGCCGCCCAGCCCGUGUCCCCAGUCGGCGCACUCACUUCCGAGAACCGCGACGUCUGGGCCGAUGCCCGCAUCGCUCUGCUCGAGGCUAGCCCUCGCAACAAGCAAAUCCUCGACGCCAUUGAGUCGGCUUCCUUCGUCGUCUGCCUCGACGAUGCCAAGCCUGUCACCCUCGAGGAGCGCGCCCACCAGUAUUGGCACGGCGACGGUGCCAAUCGCUGGUACGACAAGCCCCUGCAGUUCAUUGUCAACGACAAUGGCACCUCUGGCUUCAUGGGCGAGCACUCCAUGAUGGACGGCACACCUACCCAUCGCCUCAACGACUACAUCAACGACCUCAUCUUUGGUAACAAGAUUGAUCUGUCCGACCCUACUGUUCGCUCCGACUUGCCCGAACCUCAGCUGCUGCAGUUCGACGUCACUCCUCAAGUUCAGGCCGAUAUCGAUCGAGCCGUCACCGACUUCCACCGUGUCAUCUCCCAGCACCAGCUCGCCGUCCAGGCAUAUCAAGGCUACGGCAAGGGCCUCAUCAAGAAGUUCAAGUGCUCACCGGAUGCCUAUGUCCAGAUGAUUAUCCAGCUCGCGUACUACAAGAUGUAUGGCAAGAGCCGCCCCACCUACGAAUCGGCGACCACGCGCCGUUUCCAGCUCGGUCGCACCGAAACGUGCCGCACUGUGUCUGACGAAUCAGUCGCCUGGUGCUCGGCCAUGGGUGAUGCUGCGGUUGACGAGACCGCCCGUGUCGACCGCUUCCGAAAGGCCAUCAACGCCCACCUCGAAUACAUCACAGCGGCGUCCGACGGCAAGGGCGCCGACCGCCACCUGUUUGGUCUCAAGAAGCUCCUUGAGCCAGGCGAAGACACCCCCGCCAUUUACAAGGAUCCGGCCUAUGGCUACUCGGGCUCCUGGUACCUGUCCACCUCGCAGCUCAGCUCCGAGUUCUUCAACGGCUACGGCUGGAGCCAGGUCAUUGACGGCGGCUUUGGCAUCGCCUACAUGAUCAACGAGAACAGCAUCAACUUCAACGUCGUUUCCAAGGGCCUCGGCAGCGAUCGCAUGAGCUACUACCUCAACGAGGCUGCGGGCGAAAUGCGCGACCUCCUCAUGCCAACUAUUGAGCCGCCCAAGGCCAAGCUGUAGUUUGCUGACGUCGGCCCCAUCCUUCGGCCCGUCAAGCUCUGCCAAGCUCUGCCUCGUGGCUGCAAGUUCGCUACUACCUCGCGCUUGGUGCUGACGGUCUCGCCGCCUGCUGAUCGGAGCCAUACGGCGAUAGCAGGCAAGGCGUUAUCAAAAGACACGUAUUCCAGCAUAUCCACGGGGCUUCACAUAUUCUGCGGGCUCUCAAUUGUGUGUAUGUAUGACUAUAAAUUCUGCGCAUCCGGGAGGACCGUUUACACGGUGGCUCGUGAGCAGAUCAAGCCAAGAUAAAAGAGAUAGAAGAAGAUUUGGCCCAUGUUGCAAGUCGCGUCAAGGCAUAGAGCAGCAAUUAGGUAGAAUAGACAGGUCUGCGUCAAGAUAUCUGUCGCGCUAAUGCCGAAGAGAUAUCAUCUAAUGACACGAACAUAUAUGCAU